AUGACAGCCACUCCUAAACCUUUAUCGAUCGUUGCUAAAUGUGCUUUAUGUUCAACAAAAACUGAAUUAUUCGUAUGUCCACAUUGUGAUGAAGUAAUCUGUCAAGUUUGUGUGAAUAAGCAUCGAUCCAUCUUGAAUGAAACACUCAAAGAGCACUGGCUAAAAUGUAAAACUAAAUUUCAGAAUCUAUCUCAAUUAUCAAAUAACUAUGAUAGAGAUUUUAAAUCAGCUGAAAAUGAAAUCGAUCGAAUCAGACAAAUGCUUGAACGAAGAUAUUUAGAAUUCGUUCAGUCAAUAGAUAAUGAAAAGAAUACGCUACUAAUUCAAAUAGAAGAUCAUAUUCGUUCUACAUCGUCUCAUGUUAAACAUGCAGACGUUCAGCAAGUAUUUAAAUCAGUUCAUCAACGACUCAAUGAAUAUUUUCAGGGAACAAACACGGCAUACAAUACAGAUGAUUUUCUUCUAGAAAUUGAACAUCUGAAUAGACAGAUUACUAAUCGAGAAAGAUUUAUGAACGAUGACACUUUAAAAUAUCCGUAUUUAACACCUUCCAAACCUUUAAUUAUCUCGGAUGUCUUUGGUGAACUACAAUGGAAUUCUAAACCGAUGUCAAUUCGUAAUUCACCUCGAUCUCUAACUGCGAAUGGACAUAGUUCACGAAAUAGUGAUGGAUGGCAGGAUGAAUCGUCUAGUUUACCCGAUGAAAUAGAACAAGAUGGCCUUCCAGCGGUACCUGUGAUGCGAAAACAGAGACAAUGGUCACUGGAUGCGUCCGGUGUUCCACACUUUCUCUGUAUUCUUUCGAAAAAGAAUUAUCUUUUAUUUGCUUGUGAUAAAUAUGGUUGUAUCGAUUUGUAUCAACUCGACGGUACUGAUCCGAGUGUUCCACCUCGUCAUUUACGUCAAUUUGAGUUAUUCUCUGGAAACAGUAGCAGUCAAAAACCACAAAUUAUCGAGGCAUUUACGGUCUACACACCAUUUAUUGUUGUUUCAGCCCAUUUGAGUGAUCAAACAGAUACAAGUUCGGUUUAUUUUUUUGAUCAUCGUGGAAUUCAGCAAGGUGAAACUUGCCUUCAGAAUUUUCCUGUUCGACAAUUGUCAGCUGAUACUGGCUUUAAAUGUUUGUGGGGCGUCGAUCGACAUCAACAUUCAGUCUAUUAUAACCAAUUGCCAAUGAAUGUGACACAAAUUCAACAGUCAAUUGAUCAACGGGAAGAAUUCAUCAUCUUCGGACGUGAUUUCGAACCGAUUCGAAUAACACAAAACCAAACGUCGAUUGCUGUUGUCGAACGUAAUUCUCAAAGUGUACACAUCUUUAACAAACAAACAAAAGAGCAAGUGGAUGAAAUACAAAACCUUCUUCGUACCGAUGGUACCUUUCGCUUGUGGAAUGUUCUCCUCCGCGAUGACAAUUCCAUGGUUCUCAAACUAGACGAAGAUUUACCUCCCUACAGUCGUCCACAAACAAUUCAUCAUCUGAUUGUGGAACUCGACCCCAAAGGUGUUCCAGUAGCACAAAUAGAACGCACUGCUGUCUAUGGGCUUGCUAUUGGUCCUAAUCAAGAAAUUCUCCUUGGUUGCAAACGACAUCAACAAAAUGGCUCGAUUGAAUGUUAUAUCUAA